AUCAGUAACCAUUGAACAUAAAUCGUUUUCGAGUACAAUAUGUCUUCAAUGAAUUUUAAUAUGUUAUAGUUUAAGUUUUACAUGUAAUUGAAGAGUGGGUGUUGUAUAUUAAUUGUAUUCAUUACAUGUUAAUUUAAUUUAAUAUUUACUCUUUUUAAACAUUUUUUUUCAUAAUUGUAACAUUUCACACUCGUUUGACUGUUUAUUGUGAAGCUAUAAAUAAGUUAUUGUUUUGUUUUACUUAUUAUACCACUUUAAAAAUUUCAAAUUUAAUAAUUACACAGAAUACUAUGUUGCCAAAUAGGGGUAGAUCAAUUGAAACGGAUUUAAAUGGUAAAAAAUAUAGAUCUGCUAAAUAUGAAGAAGCCUUUCGACGGUCAUUGGAGGAUCCAGAAGGAUUUUGGGGUGAAGUUGGUUCCAUAGUCGACUGGCACAAACCUUGGGAUAAAGUUCUUGAUAAUAGUGCACAACCAUUAACUGAUUGGUUUGUAGGAGGUCAAUUAAAUGCUUCUUAUAAUGCUAUUGAUCGUCACAUAAAAGCUGGUAAAGGAAAUAAAAUAGCGCUAAUUCAUGAUAGUCCAGUAACUAAAUCAGUGACGAAAAUAACUUAUUCAGAACUUCAUAAAAAGGUUUCAUUGCUAGCCGGUGCUCUAGCUGACUUAGGUGUAGAAAAAGGAGACCGAGUUCUUAUUUAUAUGCCACUAAUACCUGAAGCAAUUAUUUCUAUGUUAGCUACUGUUCGAUUAGGAGCUAUUCACUCGGUUGUUUUUGGAGGAUUUGCUGCACGGGAAUUAUGUGCGAGAAUUAACCACGCUACUCCGAAGAUUAUAUUAGCUGCAAAUUGUGGCAUUGAACCAAACAAAAUAGUAAUGUAUAAGGACAUACUGAAUGAAGCAUUAAAACUAUCGACAGAAAAACCUAAGAAUUGUAUUAUUUACCAAAGACUUAAUAUGGAACCUUCUCCAUUAACUCCGGGUGUCGAUAUACUGUGGUCGGAUGCCUUAGCAGCAGCUAAGCCUCAUCCAUGUGUUCCAGUUGAAGCUAAUCAUCCUUUAUAUAUACUGUAUACAUCAGGCACAACUGAUAAACCAAAAGGAAUUGUUCGCCCAACUGGGGGUCAUAUAGCCACUUUAUGUUGGACUAUGAGUUGCAUUUAUGGUAUGACGGGUGAUGAUGUUUGGUGGACAGCAUCUGAUAUGGGUUGGGUAGUUGGUCAUUCAUACAUUUGCUAUGGACCAUUAUGUGCUGGGUUAACGUCAGUAAUGUAUGAAGGCAAACCAGAUAGAACUCCUGAUCCAGGACAAUAUUUUAGAGUAAUCCAAGAUCAUAAAGUAAAUGGCCUAUUUACGGCACCGACGGCUUUGAGAGUCAUCAAAAGAGAAGAUCCAAAUUUAGAAUACGGGAGUAAAUAUGAUACUAAAUCACUUAGAAAUUUAUUUGUUGCCGGGGAGCAUUGCGAUCACGAAACACUGUCGUGGGCCGGAAAAGCUCUUAACGUUCCAGUGCUUAAUCAUUGGUGGCAAACUGAAACAGGGCAUUCAAUUACAGCCACAUGUAUUGGCCUUGGUCAUAAUUUGAAACCUCCCGUUUUUUCAGCAGGAAUGCCGUUUCCUGGUUAUGAUGUGAGAAUUUUAAAGAAAGAUGGUAGUCCAUGUCAGCUGCUAGAAUUGGGUCGUAUAGUAGUUAAACUACCAUUGCCACCAGGAGUAAUGUCGUGCUUAUACAAAGCGCCAGAAAGAUUUCUUAACACAUAUUUCAGUAACUACAUUGGUUAUUAUGACACAAUGGAUGCUGGAUAUGUUGAUGCAAAUGGUUAUAUAUACGUCACAGCUAGAGAUGAUGAUGUUAUAAAUGUUGCCGGACACAGGCUCUCUACAUCUGCUUUGGAGGAUGUCAUUUUAUCACAUCCCGAUGUAGGUGAUGCAGCUGUAUUUGGUGUUCCAGAAACCACCAAAGGAGAAAUACCUUUAUGUUUAUAUAUUAAAAAUAAAAUUUGUACCAAAAGUGAAACCGAAAUAAAUAAAGAAAUAGUGCAAAAUGUCAGAGAUCUUAUAGGACCAAUUGCAUCAUUUUAUUUAUGCGCAGCUGUACCAGGUUUGCCUAGAACACGAUCUGGUAAAACAGCUAGAAAGUCUUUAUCAAAUUUGGCUAGUGGAAAACGUGUCUUAAUUUCAAGUACGAUUGAAGAUCCCACUGUGUAUGUAGAUAUAAAAAAAGUGCUCCAAUCAUUAGGCUAUGCAAAAGAUGCUCCAGACCCUGAAUUAGCUAAAUAGAAAUAUAUUUGAACAACUAUAGAUAAAUUAUAAUAAAUAGUUGAGAACCAUUUUACGAUAAUAUUUAAAAAUUUAUUUGUUCAUCAAAAUGACAAAAGAAUAUUAAGUUUUUAUAAGGUAUAUAGUUGCAUAAUAAUUGCUCUAAUCAUUUAAUGUUAAAAAAAAUAUUGCCAAAAAGCUAACUAAUUCAAUUAACUAUUAUCUAUUAUAUAGAAUUAUAUAGCAAGCUACUGAAAUAAAAUUGUACAAUAUUAUAAAUAA